AUGCGAGCUCUUGUGCUUGAGGCUAUCAACAACUGGAGCGAUGGCGUCGCUCGGGGAAAUAACGUUGCCGACUGUUCUGAAGAACUAGCUCUGGAUAUGAGCGAGCUGCUGGAGCCUAUAGCAUCGCUUGAAAGCAUCCUGGAGAAUCUUAAGGUGAAGAUAGCGACAAGAAUCGAUGACCCUGCGUCGGCUAUUUGUACCGACGAAGUGCUUCGUGCGCUGUCACAACUAGCGCAUGUAGAGACGCAAACGCUCACGCUGUACUGGAAGACAAGGUUGCAUUUGAACAGGACGAUCAUGUAG